AUUGCCGAGAGUUUCAAGCGUUGUGGUACUCGAAUUCGAAAUCGCAAGACGCGCGGCUGUUGCGUUCAAAUCGUUGUGUUCGUUCGAAAAUGCUUUUGUGGCAAGAAGUGCUAGAAAUCGAGUCCCGCAGUCGGUAGUCAAUCCAAAAAGUGACCGAGCGAGCCUGGUGCCAAAAAAGAUCCCAGUUCGUCGCGAGUUCCAGCAACAUCGUGAGAGAAACACAGGGUAGCAAACCGAGUAAUUGAAUCCCUGGAUAUCUGGACAUUGAAAGUCGCAUAAGUUGGUGUUGCCGUGAAAUGUUGCUGCUGCAACUGCCGCAGAUCCGUGUGGCACAGUGUCAGUGAUUGAGAAAUAUAAGCGCUGAGUUUUGAAGGUACUGCAGCAUGACGCCAAGCGGAUUACACACAAGGAUUAAAUAACAAAUGGCGAAUGUCAGCGGCAGCCAGCGAUUGAUGAUGGAAAAAUCGAACUGAAUGCAGCAAAUCGCAGAGCGCAGUAAACCCGAGUAAAAAGAUGAGAUUGAAAAUGCAAGCAGCUGCAGGAAAAAGCGAGAAAAACACGAAACCCCUGCCAGACCAAAUGGGAAACUUAUGAAAAGCACUGAAAAGCCGAACAAGAGCUAGGAAAAGCGCGAAACAGCGUCGCAAAAAAGGAAAAUUAAAGCAACAAUUACAGGGCAGAAUUGGGGGCCAAGAACCCUAGAGAGCACACAAAAAUAAUAACAAACGGUCUUCAGGAAAAGUCGCGACUCCAAAACAACGCCAAAGCAAAGGAUUCCCAUUGAAAAACCCGCGAAAAUGGAUACAUUUUCCGCUGCGGUUUUCCCCCGACAGCCGGUGGCUUUUCUCCUAGUCCUGACCACGGCACUUUUCCUGGUCCAGGGUGAACAGCACCCCGCCACUGCAGACGAAGGACCUCUAUCCGAGAUUCUGACUGCCGUGGGAUCCGAGGUGGCGCUGCCGUGCGAUCUGGUGCCCGGAACUGGGAUCGUCGACAAGGUGCAGCUGGUCAUCUGGUAUCGCCAGGGCAAUGUGAAGCCCAUCUACACCUUUGAUGCUCGAGGUCGUCCGUUGAAUCAGGGCAUUCCUUGGGCGGAUGAAAGCGUGUUCAACAAGAAGGCCCACUUCCACCACGACACAGAUCCUCCUGCCCUGCGGAUCAAGAACAUCCAAACCGCCGAUGCCGGACUCUACAAGUGCCGCGUGGACUUUCACAAGUCACCCACUCGCAACUGGCGCAUUAAUGUCACAGUGCUAGUGCCGCCCACUCAACUGACCAUCCUGGACCACCGUGGUGCCGAGAUUAGGGACCAGACGGCAGGACCCUACCUGGAGGGCGACAGCAUCGACCUCACCUGCCUGUCCAGCGGCGGCGUUCCUCCGCCGCGGGUCUCCUGGUGGCGGGAGCACGCCCUGAUCGACGACUCCUUUCAGGUGCUGCCCGACGGCUCCGUGCGCAAUGUCCUGCGCCUCAAGAACAUCCAACGGAAGGAUCUCCUAACGAUGUACACCUGCCAGGCGAGCAAUGGCCAUGUGGUUCCAGCGCUGACCAAGAAGGUUAUCCUCGACAUGAAUCUUCCCCCCUUAAGUUUGCUUCUGCAAGGUCUAAACCACGCCGUGAUUGCUGGCACCCGAUCCCACGUUACCUGCACGGCGAUUGGAGCUCGUCCUCCGCCGGAAAUAAUCUGGUCAAAGGCGGGCCAGAUUGUGCGUGGAGCCACCUCCUCGACGUCCUCCGAUGGGAACACAACCAUAUCGGAACUGAUGCUGAUUCCCGUUCCCGAGGAUAAUGAACGCCAGGUGGUCUGCUCCAUUUCGCUGAAUGCGGGGAUUACCUCCCAGCAGCUGCAUGAGGGCCACACCACGGUGAUGACCACACUGGGCAAUGGACACACUGGACUCUAUCUGAAGGAUUCCCGGGUGCUCAAUGUGACACAUGCACCCAUUGUCAACCUGAAUCUGGGCGCCCCGCUCGAUCCGGAUAAUCUGCUCAAGGGCACCGAUGUCUACUUGGAGUGCGAUGUGAAGGCGAAUCCCGCGAUUACACGUGUGGAGUGGUACCACAGUGACAAGCAACUGCACUCCUCGCGCGGCAUCAUCAUUUCCAACCAGACCCUCGUCCUCCAGGGCAUCUCCAAGUCCUCGCACGGCCAGUACUUUUGCAGGGCCACCAAUUUGCAGGGCAGCGUGUCCAGCAACGAGGUCUACUUGGAUGUGAAAUAUCCCCCCGUUUGCAAGUCGGAGUCGACGAUUAUACGUGCUGCGCUCAAGCAGACAAUCAACAUCACCUGCGAGGUGGACGCGAAUCCAGUCGAUAAUCUAAAUUACAAGUGGCACUUCAACAACUCGCUGGAGAACCUCAUCGAGCUGCCCCAACUGGGCCAACUGGGUGCUCCGGUGAUGCUGGCCUCCGGAUCGGACCUGAACGGAUAUUAUCAGCGUAGCAAGCGGAAGCACUCGCACGGAAUGCAGCAACGCCUACUCCACGGCAGACAUGGACGCAUGGCGGCGGUGCGGUUCGAGGAUGAGGACGAGGACGGCGGCUAUGGCGAGUUCGAGGAGUAUGGCGAGGAGCUCGGCCAGCCCUUCACCCAGAUGGUCUACUCCAACAUGGUGCACAAGAACCACGUGGAGAGCAGCAAGCAGCAGCAGCGGAAGCAGCUGUCCCCCCAGCAACAGCAGCAGCAGCUGCAGCAUCAGCAGAUGCCAUCCGGCAGCUCGUCCGGAGACAGCCAUUCCCCCUCCGGCGGCGUCCUUCAGCUGGCGGAGCGCAAGCGACUGGUGGCCCUGCACAAGCAGCACCAUCGUGGCGGCGUGGCCACGCCCCCGACCACCACCGCUGCGCCCCCGCUGAACAACGUGUACAGCUACCACGUGGAGAGCUACGAGAGCUUCGGCGCCAUUUCCUGCGUGGCCAGCAGUCCGAUGGGCCACAGUGCGCCCUGUUGGUAUCACAUCCAGCCGGCAGAUCUUCCCGAGCCCGUGAAGAACUGCACGGCCUUUAAUGCCACAGCCAACUCACUGCAGAUCCAGUGCAUUCCCGGCUACGAUGGGGGCAUUCCACAGCACUUUCACGCCCAGAUUUACGACGAACUGACCAAGCAGAUCCUGUACAAUGCCUCGUACAAGUACUCGGAGUUCACGGUGAAGCGUCUGCCCAGCGACUCCGCGUUCGUCAUCCGGAUAACGGCGGUGAAUGCCCAGGGAGCCAGCAAGGCUGCAUGUCGUCUGCGAGGACGCACACUCUCGGCUCCACUGCUGCGGACAGCCUCAUCGACGGCGGUGCUGGUGCAACUGACACCCCUGCUGGGCGCCCUGGUCGGCGUGGUGGCCACACUCAUUCUGGUGGCCAUUUGCGUGGUGAUCGUCAUCAAAUUCCGGAGCAAGCGGGGCGGCAGGCGGCAUGGCACGGGCACGGAUGCCACCACCACGGAGGCGGACAAGGGCAGUGCGGAGCCGCUGUCCCGCAACAUGGGCAGCCACUCCAGCCUGGAGGACAAAAAUCCGGACGUGGUGCCCCAGGAGGCCAACAGCGAGGACGAAUUCCAUCAGGAGGAGAAGGCCUUCGACCGAUUGAAUAUGGAAUCUCAGCGGAUUUUGUACACCCCGCCGACGCGGAUUAACACCGCCUCCCCGCCCCCGCCCUCGCUGUCGCCCACCUUUGGCAAGCAGUACGGUGAACUCUCGCUAACCACGAAUCCUGCCUUCAGCCUGUACAACACGCCCCAGCGCGCUCCUGCCGUUCAGCGACCCGUUUACACCGCCCCGCCGCCCCUGCUGUCCACGAGGACGCCCCCGAACAUCUACACCCGCAUCCCGGGCCGCGGGAGCGGUGGGGGCGGAGCAACGGUCACGGCGGCCGGAGUCGGCGGCGGCUAUCACCUGCCGGCGUACGAGACCCGCACCUCGCCCACCUCCCCGUACGGAUCCACCACCACCUGCACGAUGCCCCUGCUGGCCGGCCAGUCCAAUGGUUCGUUGCAGAGCGGCGGAGUGGGCGGACUGGGUGGCCUGGUGGGCGGUGGGGGGUGCAACACGCUGCCCCACCCCGGCAGCCUGCAUGUGGGCGGCAUUUCGGCGGCGCUGACCAGCUCGGUGACCAGCGGCAACAUCACCAUCGGAGCAGCACAGUCGCUGCUAACGUCGCCGCGCUCCCAGACGGCCACCUACAGCACCACCCUGGGCGGGGGGGUGCAGUCGCCACUGCUGAUGGGCGGCGUCGGUGGCGGCGGCGGGGGGAACUACGAGACGGUGAGCUCCUGAGAGUUAGCCAAAGAGGACAUCAAGUGUCAGAUCGUGUGCAUUGGGGGGAGCAGUACGUGCACCACCAGCACCUUGGGCGCCGAGCGCACCACCAUCGUCUAAGGAGUCAGAGGAGCGGAGAAGCGGAGGUAAAUGAAUCCCAAAAUCUGUAUUAUAGUAGUUAAGCUGCAUUGAAAACUCGACAAGACUUCCACACAAAUGGAGCAGCAGGAGCAGAUGGAAAUAAGGUUUAAGAAAUCAUAGUUAUACAUAGAUGUAGCAUAUGUAGCACUGCUUUCGAACCCGACUAAAGUGGAGCAAGUGGAGGCCACAAGGAGAAGCAUUUAUUUGAUUUACUACUGUGUACUGUACAACUCAAUUCUGUCUUUGUGCGCAAACAACAUUAUAACAUAAUAAUAACAACUAACGAGUGGAAUGGAAUACUUCAGUGAACACAAUGAGCUAUGCUUGUGAAAUUAUAGAGAAGCUAGUUUAAACUUCAAACUAAGAGAUUUAUGGAAUCGCAACUAGUUAAGCUAUAGAUGUGUAUAUAUGUAACUUAAAUUAGGAUCAGGUCAGCUAAUACUUAAACUAGUUUACGACUUAGCCACUUAAUGUAGCCUAAACUAAAUUGAACUUAGUUAGUCACAUUGCGAAUCUACGAAAAGACUAUCCCCCUGAUCAUAUAUACAUAUAUAUGAUAAAAAACAGAAUUUAAUGGCAUAUCUCUAUAUCGACAUAAUACAUAUAGCACAAAACCGCAGCAGCAGCCCACAAGGAAUCUGAAAUAGGCGAAAACUAUAUAAACAAAGGGUAUAUCGAUGCGAUACUACAAUACGAUAUGGUGUGAAAUGAAAUGGAUUAUGUAGUACUUGUAUAUGGGCAUCGAAUCAUAUUUUGUUAAGUGUGGUAUGAAAUUUUAUAAACAUCUGUUGUCGAGAACUUUAUCAAAUCUAUAUAGUACGAAUAUAUAAAUGAUCUGUAUGUAUCCAUGAUUAAACUGCGCGCAAAACAAGUUAAAAACAAAAGUUCAAUGUGUCUCCGCCAACAACCACCUGCCCAAUGAAAAGCCCUUUUCCAAUUUUCCAAUUCAAAGUAGUCGCUCUAAGGUCAAACUCAAAGUUUUCCCAUUUACUGAUUCUUUCCACGAUCGCGAUCAAGAUCACACCCCUCCCACCACAAGAAAAACCAACAUCGAAAGUGCUUCUUCAAUGACAAAAUCAAAUUGAAUUGUGAAUUGUGACUCGAAUUAUAAAUUGGACAAACGAAUACUUAAGAAAGAAAUUUAAUUUAGCAGCUAAGAACUUUCGACUCUACACACACACACAUAUAAAGUUAGGCAAUAUAUAUAUUUUCUUAAUUAACCCUUGUUUUAUAAGCGAAUUAAGUAUUUAUUUUCCGAACGAGCAUCAUUCUGUUUCAUUUAGUUCCCUUCAAUGUAAAGCAAAUGAACACUUAAUAUUGCAAAUGACGAAAAACAAGUGAAAAUAAGUGAACAAAAAUAAAGAACAAAAUGUGUAUUAAAA